GGGGCACAGCUUGUAGGUUGUGGGCGCUGGUUUGGAGACAAUGGUUUCGUCGGUUGCGGAUGAAAGGAUGACAUAUCGAAACUUAGCACCGCUGCACGAGGAAGGGGAUCGACGCAGAAAUAUCCCUCCCAUGCUCUCACGCAUGACCGCAUACUUGCGAUUGCUUGACGGCCACAACGCUAUUUUUGUUUAGCGGAGAGCUCCAGUUCGUUGCCCACACAAAUCCGCCGCAGAUUGGAUCAGUAUAAGGUCUCUGCCAUGGUACUACAGCCAGGUCUCACAGCUGAGCCAUCCCUGGUGCGAUCUGAGCAGGAGGGCCUGGGAUCCCUGGACCCAAACCCCUGCAAGUGGCGCACUUUGGGGGCCACACAGCCGUCUUCCCCGGGCCUGCUCCAAGCGCGCGAAGGCACAGAGUAUGCACACGCCCCGAAGCUCUCGAGGGGUUGGCAGUUGCGUCUCUUGGAGACGACGGUGAAUUAUCUUCACAAGAUGUUGGGUGUUGGAAGUGGCAGACACACACCACCCAGGGAUGGGGGAAGGCCGCCACGGAGAAUGCCUGAAGCAUCCCGCAGCACCAGUUGUACACAGCAUAUGCGGAAACCUGCAGGUCUCCGGACUUCUCAAUGGUCGCACAGAUCGCCAUCAGUGACUUCUCACGUCUCCAAGGGAGGGCACAAAAGGUCUUGUAGGGAGUUCAUCAGGUCUAGGUCCACGGCGGCCAACGGGCUUGGCCAUCAGCAGAAGGACUACAAUUUAUCCCCCGUCUCGUUUCUGCAGCACAUCCCCUGGGUUAUGUAAUUGCUGCGCCCAUUUGACUCGCAUCUCGUGCGGCACCGCGGGGGGUUUUUGCAAGUAGAUCCUCAAGCACGCUUUUAGAACCCCGGUCUGUCCUGAAAUGGACCGGGCUGGCCUUGGCUGAUCUGAAGCGACCUGUGCGG